AAUAAGCUCAAAUACGGUAGGAAAAAUUGUUGCUGCUGUCGCAUUUUUUCCUCAAUAAUUUGAAAUUAUCUGUAGUGGGUAAAAUUAAUUUAAAAAUUACAUCGACUUUCGCCACAAAAAUUAAAAAUAUCUCCUUAAUACUUAGUCAAUUUAAUCAAUAGUAGAAUUGCUGCAAUGUGAGGUUAGUUCAUGGUUAGCUUUUACCGUGGAAGAUAGGUCACUGCAUGGAAGGGAAGAAAUAUGAGUCAACCAAUUAGAGACAUGUUCCACUGCCGCCGUCUUAUCUAUGGCUGUCAUCUCAUGCUGAUAAUUUCGUUUUUAAACGGCCUCGCAGAAGUGCUGAAUAUGGUUUGUGGAGCUUGUACGGAGCAGUAGUAAUAAAAAUCGUCAAUGAAACCCGUAUAGUUUAUGUGUAAUAUACUGUGUAGUGCCAUUUAAUUUGUGAAAAUGAGUAUUUAUAAAGGAAGGAGUAGAAAAGAAUUUUAUCUAACCUCAUCUUUAUACGAUUCAAUAGAAGACCAGAAUAUUAGUGCUGUUGAGUUCCUCUUAAAAAAAGGUGCAAAUGCAAAUAUUGUUUUACCUAGAGUAGGAAUAGCACCUUUUCAUCUUAUUAUUGGGAGCAACAAUGAAGAUUUCGCAAAAACUGUAGUGAAACUUAUCCUGCAACAUGGUGGAAACCCUAAUAUACAGUCUGAUGAUGGUUUAACACCCUUACACAUAGCUGUGGCUUGGGGUCAUUAUGAAAUAACUGAAUUGUUGCUUCAUUGUGGAGGAAAUCCUUUUAUACAGGAUAGAAAUGGGUUUACAGCAUUAGAUUAUUCAGUUGAAUACAAACACUUGAAUAUUACACAGCUUUUAAAUAAUUUCAUGCCAAACAAUAUAAUAUUGUCUUUCGAAGAAGAACAAAGUUUGGCAUAUGAUAUAACAUUAGACAAAAUUGUUAUAAACAAUGGAUAUGCAAUUGGAGAGUAUAAAACUGCAGAAAAAACAUUAGCUGCACAUGAGUUCCAAAGUUCAGGAGACAUUUUGGAUGAUCUGCCAGAGUAUAAACCGAGCGAGUUUUUAGAUGUUUGGUUUGAAGAGCACAUAUGCAAAUUAAGUUUAUCGUCUGAAAGCAGUACAAAACGAGAUCAUUUUUCAAGUGGAUCGACAUUUUCUGAUGAAUCUGACAAGCUUAUUUCCAUAGGUCAUUUAAUAAAUAACGUUAACUUUAGAACACGAAAUAAGUUAAAUGAUAAGCAAAAUACUACUGCAAUCGUAUCUAGUAAGCAAAUAACUACAAGAAAGAAAAUAUACGAGCGUGAUGAUUUUUGUAAAUUUGACGAAAAUACUCGGGAAAGUGGAAUUGCUACACUUCCCAAUCACUCUCUUGAGUACACCGAAAACAGUAUUAAUCACAGUGAUAAUUUUAAUGGCGAUCGCAGUAAUUUUAUUAGUUGUUUAACCCAAGAUUCAGUUAAAAUAGCAAAGGAUAAAAACAAUGAUUCUGGCAAUGAAAUUUUCCAAAAUGAAAAAGUUAACGACGAUCGAAUUUUUUCUGUGCCAAACAUAAACCAAUCCGAAAUUCAAAGAAAAAUUCCGGGUAAAAACGCUAGCAGUGACUACUUCAGUUGUAAUGAUAUAUCAAGUAACAUAAAUUCAUUCGAAAAGAACAUUUUCGAAAUUACUUCUGACCUCUCAAAUAAUUGUAGCCAUCCUCGAUGUUCAGAUGUGCAAAUUAGUAAUUUUUCUAUGGAAAUUACAAAUUUAGAUAAGAACUACAUCACAAACGUACCAUGUCAAGUAUCUGAAAGUGUGAUUCUCGAGCCUGAAGAAUCAUUUGUGAGUGUGUCUGAAGUUUAUAAAUAUACUGAUAAAGAAGAUGGCAUUGUAUUAUAUGAGAAGAGGUUAAAAGGAAAUUCCAUCAGGGGUUCAAGCGAAAGUGAAAAAUCAAUGGCAGCAACGCAUUCGUCUAAAUUAUCUUCCUUACCGGCCAGCAUUGAUUAUGAUAGUGAUCGUCUUCGUAAGGAAUUGCAAUGUAGUGGUUUUAAUCCAGGACCAAUAACUGCUACUACAAAACGACUGUAUUUACGAAAGUUGCUACGAUUAAAAAAAGAACAAAGCCAAUUAAUAUCAUCAUUUGAGGGAAAAGACAAAGUUUUCUCAUCAGAAUUGGAAAAGACUUUAAGAAGUGAAAAUUGGUCUCAAGACCUUACUUCCUACAAGCUUCUCGACGCAAGCGUUUCGGACCAAUUCAGUUGUACUGACCACAAGCGAACUUGGCGUGAAGGGCAUAAUAAAUCUUCCUUCACUUACUUACUUUUAGACCCUCGCUUAACCAACAAUCUUCCUUGCCGUUCAGAGACUUUAUCACCCCAAGAAAUAUGGAGGUCAUUUUUGUCGUCCAUAUUUUACGUUGGAAAGGGAAAAAGAUCACGACCAUAUUCACAUUUGUAUGAAGCAGCUCAUCAGUGGAAUUUAGGGAAUUACAUCAGUAAAAACAAGAAAAUACAACGAAUUAUUGACAUAUGGAAGGCAAAUAGAGGGGUUGUAUGUUUACAUUUAUUCCAGAAUGUUAUUCCUGUGGAAGCAUAUACAAGGGAGGCUGCUAUGAUAAGUGCGCUUGGAUUAAGUAAUUUAGAAAAUAAUAAAGGUGGAGAAUUUUAUGGUGUCGCAGCAACGUGGUCAACGCAAAAGAAGGAGAUGUACGGUGUUUUCCUUUUGCAUAAAGCUUUAAGUAUAUUUUUACACGAAGGUGAACGUCAAUUAAGCCCCAAAGAUAUUGACUGAUAUGCGCCUUUUAUCUUGUAAAGUAGGACAUUUGAUGCCAAAAACAAAAUGCCCCAAAUCAAAGAUUGAUCUAGUCGAUAUAUCAGUAUAGAAUUGUGUGCUAGAUAAAAUUAUUUGUUUGUUUUGUAAAUAAACUUUUUAUACAGGAUGAACUAACAAUGUUAAUGAUGAUUGAAACGCAUACGCUGUUGCUCUACAUUGACUUAAUCACAAUUUGUUUAUUAAGUAUAUUUUUAUUUUUGAAAUCUGACGGAAGGGGAAAGACUUAACGUAGUAAUAGUAAUUCCAAUAUAAAUUUUAUUUGUUUACUUUGUACGUUAAAAAUGACAUAUUGACAAA